AUGAGUGAUCUCAUAGAGCCCGACUUCGACGCGUCGGAGCGCUUGACCAAUCCUUUUUCCGAUCCGGGUGUCUUGGACGCAGGUCUCAUUCCAAGAGCUGGACGUGGUACCUUGGACGAGUCCGUGGCGCAAACUCUGAAGCGGGACCUGCUACAGAUCAACUCCAGACUGAAGCAAGUAGUAUACCCCCGCUUUUCACGGUCGACAAGCCGAGAUCAACCAACACGUGAUCCAGAGUCGAUGAUUCAACCCAGGGGUAUGGGGUCAAGUGCUCAGGAUCAUUGUGCCGAUCUUUGGGCACCUUUGUUGUUUACCAUUGCAUACAGCGUUGCGCUUUCGCGACGUUCAGAGCAGUUUUCCAAUCUUUUUGUGCUUUCGUGGGCUGCCCUGGGAGCCAUCGCAGUACAUUUGACCCUGGGUAAGACCGAUGACGGAAGAAAUACUCCCUUCCUUGCGGCUGUAUCGACAUGCGGCUACUGUUUGUUCCCACACGUUAUAAACGCCAUUUCGAGCUCUUUGUUAUUUCCAUUGUUCACUGCGUUGAUUUUGGCUGGCCAGUGGAGGUAUCGCGUUUUGGCUGUACUACGAAUUGUGGUUUUUGCUGCAUGCUCGUUCUGGUCCUGCAGCUCCGCUUUUAAUGCUAUGGGAGCGAAAGGCCCUCUCGAUAAGUAUCCGUUGAUCUUAGUAUUGUUGACAUUGAACUGGUCGUGCGUUGUAUCUUGA